CUAAAAUGUGAUCCAGUUCUGGCACUAAAGAUGAUAACCUCGUUUUUUUCUCUUUAUAUCGAGUGUUUCUCGUAUGAAAAAUAAUUUUUUUAAUAUUUUUUUUUCUAAGUUAUAAACGUACAUAUUAACACUUAUAAAGUUAAUUGGACGAGUGAUCAAUAGGAUUUCUGGUUGAGCAAUGGCGGUUACUUCCUAUUAUAUUCUGUUUUGAAGCGUUCGAGUAUGUCAUUGACAUUCUUCCUCGGGCAAUAAUCUGUUGUCCAGUGUUGCAAACUCAUUAAUUAUCAGUAACACUUAAAACUAAUUUUAUGAUGAUGAAGUUUAGAACCUUCGUACUUCACAAAACUUCAGAUUUGGGUACUCCGAAGAGUUGGAAUCUAUAAUCUAAACGGUUUUAAACCAGUUUCUCUGAAUAAAAUGGAUAUUUUGAAUCCACGAAAGGCUUUCUGUGAGUUAAACGGACAUUUUGGAUCCAUAUUUGUUAGUUCUCCUUCAUACAUUACGAGUGGCUCAACUGGCUCACUGUUCAAAGGAUGUUGCAAUGGCAAAUAUUUAAGUUUUCAUAGUUUCUAAAUAGCGAACGUAAUUUCUCUUUCUCACGAUUUUCCUGUUCAUAGAAAUAUACCCUCCUCUUUUUUGUAAAUUUAGUGGUGAAAUUAAGCUUAUUUUACAUUGUGCCUUGCAUCACUCUUGUUAACCAUUGAAAUGCACUAAGUCAGUGGGCUAGUACUUUAAACCUAGCGUCAUAUCCGCUUGUAUGAACGGAAACAGAGGCUGGUGACCUAAUGGCCAGUGCACGCACUAAAAUUCGGAUAUCCUGAUAGAAAGAGGCAGAAAUGAUAUGCUAUAUCAAACAUGAGUUUGGUUAGGAUCGCCUGGCAUUUAGUACAAGGUAAGAGACCAUAAUUAGAAAUUUCCAAGUUUCAAUAGGUGUAACAUUAUCUUAAAUAUGAAGUGUUUUUUUUUUUUAUAGUUAUAUUUAUAAUAUCCUCGGCUAAUGGAAGCUGUAAGGAAGCACUGUACAGCUGUAAGAGGAUGGUUAAGCCAUUCUUAUACGACCUCAGAUACAUGUUCCCUACGGCCAUCAGAGACGUGGAAGACAUGUGCAAAUUAUGGAGCCGAUUCAUCGAUUGUGUUAGAACUUAUAUGAGCGAGUGCACUAAUCGAUUAAUUAAGUCGAAAUUCAAUGCUGCGGUCGGCGAUACCGUUCGCACAGUUCACGCUAUAUGCAGUUCUAAUAAGUAUCAGAGAGAUUAUCUAGAUCACGCAGUUUGCUUCAAAAGGGUGGCAGCUGCUAAUUGUGGAUCUUACUAUCGUCGAAUGGUCGAACAGGUUACUAAUUCAAGAGCCGAAAAAAAUCACAUUUGUUGCACAUUUAGUCAUUUUCAACAGUGCGUGAACGAUCCUUUACUGCAUCAGUGUGGUAAGCAAGCACACGAAUUAAUGGCCCAUUCAAUGACUUAUCUAAUAUCUCACUGUGGGAAUGCAUUUUAUCCAUUGCAUUACAGAUGCCCAAAAGCGGAUCCGGAGAAUUUAUUAUCUCAAACAUCUACCAAUAAAGUGACAGCCAGCAGGUAUCACGCUACAACUACAUCAAGUACUUGGAUCCCUCGUACAGUCAUAUAUAGUCUGUCUCCAACACAGAGCAGCAGGACAUCUGUAGGUGAUAGUGUCAAACCGGCUAGUGCUCUAUUUAUUUUGCUCGUUUCUUACGUAUCAUACAUCUUUCGUGGGAGAUAAUAAACUUGCAUUCUGUACUUAAGCAUCGCUUCAUUAAAUCAUCAAAUACUUUAUAAGAAAUAAGGUCGUGCCUCUUUACAUUAUCUUCUUGUCAUUUGCACAUUAUUUAAAAUCGAAUGUCAAAUGAACAUGUGUAUUUUUAUUUUU